UACAUUGUCAAAAGAUGUCAUGAUUCCGAGAUAGCAAAAGAAUUUAUUUUUGGACACAAAAUUAACAGGUUCAGCUUUAGGCUUAACAUUUCCUAAAGUAAAUCAGUAAGUCUUUACAAUGCCUCCGAAGAAAGGAAAAGGGAAAGAUGCAAAGGCCCCACCACCCCCUGCAAAAGGCGCGAUAGGACCACCUCCGAAGCCUAAAAGGCCUCCACCACCACCAGCAUGUUUCAACAAUGAAGAUCUGGCACGGUUUAAAGAAAUGUUCAAAGCACAUGAUGAGGAAAAUAUCGAUAAGGUACCAUUAGAAGCGAUUCCAUUGAUGCUAAGAAAGCUAGGAUUUAAUCCGAAGACAGCAGAGAUUCGGCAACUAUUCGAAACGUUUUUAGAAGACGAAUAUGUUGACACAGUCGAAUAUCACGAAUGGCUGUUCAUGAUCGAAGCCAAAAUGGGAUGGGGAGACGACUUCGAGCUGGCCGUCACAAAAGCAUUCGCAGCACUAGGGCAUGAUGACGACGAAACGGGUAUUUGUGACUUUGAGCUUCUCAGGGAAGAACUGAUGACUUGGGGUGAGCCGUUCACAGAAAUAGAAUUCGUUGACUGGAUCCGAUUGGCCAUCAAAGAUAAAACUUUCAACAUGGAAGACGGAUCGUUUGCUUACGUCAAGUUUAUCGAGAAUAUGAACAAUAAGGACGUGAGGUACGCUAAGGAACCGAUAAACUUCUUCAAACUUGACCAGAAGACGUUGGCUGAGAUGGCGAUGAAGAAGGCUCAAGAAGAAAGAGAGGAGCAGGAGAGGAAGGAUGCCGAAAAGAGAGCUAGAGAAGAAGCUAAGAGACAGAAGAUGAUAGCUGAUGGGCUUUUACCACCAGAUUAAACAUAGAGUGAUUCAGUGUCGUUUAUUUUGGGUGCAAAUAUUUCCAGUCAAUAAACAACUGAGCAGCUGUAUGAAAUAUAUUUUAGUGGUUCAGAAG